UAGCUGGAUUUCAAGCCUCACCCAAGGCGUGCUAAAUCGUUCCUUGCAGAAUAACUUCACUCCACGUAGUACAUACAUACCAUGUUCUAUCCCAAGGCUUCGCUCCCUCGACUUGUGUCCCUCCUUUCAGCUACCGCGUUCGCACUCUCUUUCAGGAUUCUUCCUGUUGCUCCUCGUCAAGCGACCGACGCAGACUUCUUCAAUCCGUUACUGAAUGGAGGGAGUAUGCUUGAUCAAGUUCCCGGAGUUCUUGGGGAGCCUUUGAACGUGAUCAUAUCAGCGCAAUCUUCUCCUGAUGUACUUACGCUGAACGGGAUCGUAAAUUUCGCAAAGGCAAUUGGGUUUUCGACAGAAUGCCUCGGGAUCCACUCGGGUGCACCACAGUCUGCCAAUCUUGGGGAUGGAAACGGCUGGGUGAAUCAGACAAUCGAACUUAGAGAGGACUAUGGUGAUUCUGUCCUUGGGACAUGUUUGGAAAGUUUGAUUGGAGGGAAUCAUUUUAGAGUGUUUGUUCAAAAUGGAACGGAGCAUCCUACAGGAGCGUUGUUUUUGGCCGUCUCGACAGAAGAAAACGUGACGGAAGGACACACGACAGCGCCUGAUGGGUACGACACAGGCAGGGAUCUUUUUAGCGCAGCAGCUAUCAAUAGCGGAGGAACUACAUCAUUCGGUGGAACGACUUAUUCGACUGUGGGGACGAAUAUUACUGGGUUAAUCCAGCCUGGGAGUACAGGGAUUGAGGAUGGGAUUGCUACAGAUGGGAUUGUUACUCUCUUGACAGUCACAAUUGUAUGAAACACAUAUAAAAUACUGCCAGUAUACUGCCUGAAUACUGCCAUGUCUGUUGUUCCUGGGAUAUCUUUCUUAUAGUUUGGAGCGCUGUAACCUGGAACCAGUCGCAAUGUUUUAUCUGAUACGAGAGCUCGGUGAGGAAGGCGCUUCAGCGAUAACGAGAGGUUGAGCUUUGUGGUUGGAAAGAGUGUUGCGUAGGUCGGGGAGUAUCGGGGGUAGACCGAGAG